CAAAUUUAACGAAUUUACGAAUGGCGGAUUUAAAAACUUGCACAAGUUUUGACUUGUAAUUUGUAUAAAUAAAAAAUAAACAAAAUGUUAAUAUCAGACGGGAUAAAUCAUGGGAAAUUGCAGUCAAUAAUUGUAGGAGAAUUGAAGAAAGCUGGCUUAAAGCAUCGGCUAAAGAAGAUUAUAUUGAAAAGUGUCAAAGACCACAAGACAGUAUUUGGAGCGCCUUUAGUGAAGGUACCAUCGUGCAGUGUGAUAUGUUGUGGCAGUACAUUGAGUGUUCCCAUUGUUGUCACUGAGAUGUCCUCAGUGCUCCGGUCCCACGCCCAUGUCGAAGGACUGUUUCGGAAAGCUGGCUCGCAAAACCGCCAAAAAGAUAUAAAGAGGUUGUUAGAUGCAGGAGGAUGUGUCUCAGAAGGCCAUCAUCCAAUAGAUGUUGCCAGCGUACUGAAGCUCUACCUCCGAUGUCUACCAGAGCCGCUGAUCAGUGCGGAAGUCCAGGACUUGUUGUUACGAUGUAGACUGACUGCUGGCGAGGAUGCUCUGAAGCCUAUACUGCAUACACUGUUGUUACUACCAGUAUUACAUGUCCAUCUCUUACAUUAUAUCAUGGAGUUAUUAAACUUCCUAGCAUCAAAACACAAGGACAACCUGAUGGACUCGUCCAACCUGGCCAUAGUGAUGGCGCCCAGUAUUAUGCCACUGCCCGCCGCAGCAUCUGCCCAGAGACUGGAGCACCAUGUUGCACUUGUUAAGAUGUUCAUCGAAAACUCACAGCACAUAGGGAAAUUAACUGAAGAACUGAUGUCGCAGUUAGAUGAUGAUUCCGAUGGCUAUCUUGCAAGGAGAAAGAAAAAGCGACGCAGCGGCUCUCUCAACCGAGUAUUAAGCGGUCUUCGCAAAAUGGUGUCAGGUAGUGUGAACACUCCGGCAACAGUCAAUGAAAACGGCAAGACUCCGGUCUUGAGCAAAUCUGCGGCCAAGCGGAAGUUCGACUCGUAUGAAGGUCUUUCUGCAAAAACUAAGAAAGACAUAACGAAGAAUCUUCCUCAAAAAGAGCUAUCCUUUACGCCUAUGAAAAUGGGUCUCGAGCGAAAACGAUUGCGGCUAAGCCUCAUGGACGCAAGAAGUACCCCUAUCAUCAACAGAGAUUUUAGUUCUCACAAGAACUCAGAAACAAGUGUCAGUAGUGAAGAUUUGUUAACCUCCUCUGAGCAUUUGUUCAGCGCUCACGACACCAUAGACUUGUCUCCCGAUAUGAAGCAGUUGGACAAAGAUUACGUCAGAAUUUCAAAGCAAGAGUAUGAAGAGAUCAAAAGCAGGGUAUCUGCUAUUGAAAACAGACUGUCUAGAGAAUUCACCGACGUCAUACCGAGAGUACAGCCACUACAACAAGUACAAAAUGUCUAUGAACAAACAUUAGAGGAAGUUGCUAUGCUAAACUGCCCCAGUUCCGAUCAUUUGGCGCGUAGGUUAAGCAAAGAACUGAAAAUCCGACCCAAUGAGGAAGCCAAAAUAAUACGAUCACCAAGUGCUCGGAAAAUUGGUUCAAUACGACGGAGAUCCAAAGAGAACAUCACUAAAAUUGUACGACACAAGUCCUGGAAUGUGUCGUCACAGUCGCAAUCUAGUCAUAAUACCGAUAGGUUUUAUCCGUACGUAGGACUGAAUCGUAGAGAAAGAACCAGUACAGCGAAACCUGACUUGGAAACACAGAAAUCAUCAAAUGAAUGGGAUGGUUCUAUGUCAGAGCACUCAGUUAACAACGUGUCUGAUUCAAGUCAAAAAUACCGUUUACGAAAACGAUCUAGCCUUAUCAUGCCUCCUGAAUAUAGCUCUGAAAAACCCAUUAGUAGAAUACCCGCGAGGAGGUCUCUUAAUAUCACCGUCAACAAUAGCUGGGACAAUACAGCAUCAGAAAACUCUAUGAACAACACUUUGAACUCGAGCGGAAAAUCAAAUAACAGCGAUUUGGCUCGAUGUUAUCAAAACGUUACGUGUAGGAAUCGAAAACCAAGUCCUCCGCAGUCGCAACAAAAGUGGCGUAGUGCUGCGGCAUUCUUUAUGGAUAAGACUGGAGAACUGGAGAAGACUAGUCAAACUGGGAGACCCUCAGUAAACAAACUGCGACGGCAGAACGCUGGAGCUGUCCUUGCUAAAGCGAAGCUCUUCGAGUCGAGCUCGGAUAAAUCGUCGGAAAAACAUGAAAAGGUAGCCCAUACUGGGUUUGCAAGAAAACCUAGAAUAAGUGGGCAACAGAAUAAACCUCUAAAGAAUGUGGCCCUUGUGAAGCCUAAGAUACAAUCUCCUAUAGCGUCACCAAACAUUCCAGUCAGAGUUACAAGGAAUGUGGAGAUGCCGAAUGUGCCUUCAAAAUCGUAUCGUUUGAACGUUCCAAGUAACGACGAAGCUAGUAAUUGGCGUAAUGCCCGGAAAACGACGCCUCCCGUGAAGAAUGUAGUUUCCCCACGAAGUAUGCUAAUGAAAACUCCACAGAUACCAGUAUUGAAAAAACCUCUUUGUACUCCAAAGAGCUCUCGACUGCCCGCCCUCAACAAUGAUCUCAGAAAGGCAAACACGCCAAUGAAAGCCGUUCACAUAUCACCGAGAAGACGAUCUCCACGGCAAAAGCAACGUGUCUAAGAAGGAUUUAAAUCAAAUUCAGUUGAUUCUUAUUUAAUAUUUAUGUAACUACCUAUGAGUGACAAGAUUUUCUAAUGUACUUAAAACUCAAUUAGGUAAAAUAUUGUAACCAGUGGCCAUGUGUAAAUAUAAUUCUAAUUUUAUUAGUCUGAU